AUGAGCUUCUUUGAGUUUGCAAGCCUGUCCAUCCCCGUGCGCGCCGCGCUCCGGACAGAGAUCGUUUGCUCUGGCCUUCCGCUCUGGCACUGGGCUCAGCUUGCUGUUGACACCACCUGCGUCAGCCCUGUCAUUCGCUCCGUCGAGCCGCGGCCCGGAGCUGACAGUCAGCCCGGUUUCGCCCUUCGAUGCCAUCUUGUAGUAUUUGCUGUUGAGAUUGAUGGCCGCUGUGAGCUCCCCCUCGACACCGUCGCCUUUGCUGCCUGCGAGCCGGCCAUGCGUGAGGUCCUGCAAGAUGAAGGAUGGCUCCACGCCCGCCUCCAGCCGACUUCCGGCGAGGGCCUAAGCUCCCGGCGCAAACGUAGGCUGCCGCUGCACUGGGACCGCGCUCUUACUGGCAGUGAAAAUGUGUGUGUUGAAAAAAAAAACUUGUCCGUGCCGUCCCACAUGGCGGACUUUCUGGCAGGAAGUUUGCGUAAUUUGCGUAUGUCCCGCUACGUCUACCAGUGGCAGUACUGUCGGAAGGAGUCGCCAACAUUCAAUAUUGAGUUGUUGCGGAUUUUUUUGGUGCAGCACGGGGCCGGACCCUUUGCAGACGUGCCCGAGGGCUCAGCCGACUACGCGGGCAAAGUGGAGGCGUGGGUGGCAAAAGAAGGCAUGGCAAGCAGGCUCCUGCGUUUCCUGGCCACUUUGAUGCCAGGAGACUCCAUUACACGGAAUGUUCAGUCGACUGGGCCUGCAGCAGUCAUGAGUGCCGGAGACACAUGCAUGGGUGCAUUGCUUUGUGGUUUCCUGGGCGAGUUUUAUCCGCGUCAUAUUUCAACAUUCAUGGCUGCCCGGAGACUGCUUCACGCGUUGUCCACCCAAUGUCUUCGCAGCAACAUGGUGUGGAGGUCGGCUCUGAGAAGAGCACUGCUGGACAACGUGGCAGUUGGAGGCGAUCCCAUUUCCCGCUUGAGCCCGUUUGCUUUGGCACGGCUAGCAGCUUGUGCAGCCAGAGAAAAUCGCAAAAGCGUAAGCUUUUGGCGGGCACUGUCUGCCCGAGCAAUGGUAGUGGCGCCGACCAUGCAGCCCGGAGAAAUGUCUAUGGUCCUUGGUGCGUUUGCCCGGCUGCGGUUGCGAGACCGCGAAAUGAUGCUUCGAAUCGCUGAGUCUACUCCGGCCAUUCUGGGACAGUUCGCGGCCACUGAUAUCACGCACUUCCUGGCUGCCUUUGCCCGGCUGGACGUCGAGCACAGGCUCGUCUUCAACCUGUUUGCCAGAGAGAUUGCCAGGAAGCUUCACGACUUUGAUGCUGCUCAACUUGGCGAGCUAGUCUAUGCAUAUGCGCGCCUCAAUUUUCACCAUGACUUGCUUCUGGAUGUACUCAAAAAGAGAAUCACGGAAGUGGUCAAAGCCAUGAAACCGUGGCAUCUGGCCAUGGUAGUGAACGGAUUCGCAAGGCUCGGAGCGAGCGACGAAAGAUUUUUCACUGUCCUGGCUGCAGAGAUUGCAAAGAAGAUCUCUGAGUUUGAGAGCAAGCCGCUUGCGCUCGUGGCAAAUGCCUAUGCGAAACUUGGCGUCCGCAAUCGUUUUCUGCUGGAGCUCUUGGGGGACGAGGCUUUUCGCCGGCGAGGCGAACUGGAACCCCAAGCCGUUGCUCUCGUCCUCAAUGCGCAUGCGCGCCUCCAGAUGUCGAAUCCUGUGCUUUUUGACUACUUUGCACAAGAAGUACCUCGUCGCAUACGAGCCCACAACAUACAGUCGCUCUGUAUUGUGGCCAGCGCGUAUGCGCGAGUGCGUCGCGGAGACGAGGCACUGUUUGCGAAAAUUGGAGAUCAUGCAUGUGCAAAUGCCUCACAGUUGUAUCCUCGGGCGCUUGCCACGAUCCUCUAUUCGUUUUCCGAAGUCGACAUCCGUCAUGGCAUGCUUUUCUUCAAUGCCCCAGAGCAUGUCGAACUGUAUUGCCACAGUUAUACCACAGAUGAGCUUUGCAUGGUGGGCCGUGCGUACGGACGGUUCCAGAUGGCUCACACGCGCCUCUUCGAAAGUAUUAGCUCUGCUCUUCCCGGCCGAAAGCUCGCAAUUCCAGAGGCUGGAAUGGGUGUCCGAAUUGAUGGACAUGCCGAGACCGAGGACACAGACGCGCAGGGGCAGAUGUCUGUGCCUCGCAUCAGUUCCUUGGUUGGGCUUCUGGAGGCCUAUGCUCGACUCACCAUCUUCCAUGCCGAAAGCAUCAAGCUGCUGGCCGAUGCUGUCGUGGCUCGCGAGAAGGACCUGGCACCGGCUUUGGUUAUCCAGGCAGCUCGUGCCUGCGCUGCUCUGGCAUAUGCACAUCCUGGAAUCAUCAGGCUGGCCACGGCCUGCAUGGCGGAGUUCGGAGAGCAGCUUUCCGAGGAGGACUUCGAUCUUCUCGGGCGAGCCCUGGAAGAUCUUGGCGUACUGGGCCAGGACAGUCGACUCAUGCUGGAAGGUGCCCCGCUGGAUCUAGACCAUGGCAUGCUGGAACAAAAAGGAUGGCGGCAAAUCGUUGAGGGCGCAGCUCUCCUAACCUAUAGAGUCGCAUCUUUGUCCUGGUGUUGUGAGCCGAUGGGGGCGCAUUGCGGCCGCUUUAUUCAGGCAUGCAAGCAUCUCCGCACUAUACAGUUCCGGGACGGGACACGGUUUGGCGGACGGACGAGCGAGUUGUGGGGCAAAAAAGACAAAGUGGUGCUGACAGUGUUUGCCGGCACAUGGAAUAUGGGCAACGCGCCGCCUCCGGAUGAUUUGCAGGAUUGGCUAAAGCCCGGCUACGACAUUUACUUGAUCGGCGUGCAGGAGUGCAACUAUCACCCUCGACCAUGGAUAGACAGCUGUGCAAAGGAUUGGCGUGCAACGGUGGAUGAGAACCUGCCUGGCCUGGUACAAGUUUGCCAGCAUGAGAUGGGCUACUGCCAGAUCCUGUGCUACGCAAAGGAAAGAAUCAGCAGGUCCAUUCAUAAUGUGGUGGCAUGUCAUGAGGAAACGGGCCUUGGCGGUUUCCUUGCCAACAAGGGUGGGCUGGCAAUGUCUUUCUGGAUCGGAGAUACGAGUGUCUGCUUCGUAUGCUCGCAUCUUGCAGCACAUCAAACCAAUAUUGACCGCCGCAACAGCGACACCGCCCACAUAAUCGAGGGCAUCUGUCUGACGAAGGAUCAGCUCAGGCCGUUGACGCACCAGUUUACUCAUGUCUUCUGGGUCGGCGAUCUUAACUACCGCAUUGACUUGCAUAGAGAGGCAUGCGAGGAGUUGAUCUGCCAGCAAGACUGGGAGACGCUGCGGGAACACGACCAGCUCCUAAAGGUACAACAAGAGGAAAAAGCUUUCUGGACCUUCAAAGAAGGCCCUCUCAACUUUCCGCCGACGUAUCAGCACAUCCCAGGAAUGCCGCCGGAUCCCGAGACAAGUCUGCGAGCCUACGACCCCAAGAAGGGCAGAGUGCCUUCCUGGACGGAUCGCGUGUUGUGGCAGUCGUUUCCUGAUGUCGAUGUCACGCUGCAACCUGGCUCCUACACGAGCUCUCCUACACUGUGCACCAGUGACCACUCUCCGGUGAGUGCGGUUUUUCAGAUGCCGCUGAUGAAGCCAUACCACGUCGAUGAGAAAGGUGGCUGUUUGUUUAUUCAGAUCCGAAAUCUGCGAGCGACAGGGCUUCCUCCUGGUGAUCAUCAUGUCUCCUUCUGGGGGCAGUACUGCGAAGGAACCAAGCACUCCAGGAAUGCGCCGAGCAAGGAUGGCUGUGCGCGGUUUAGCAAGAUCACCCUUAAGACCAAGCCAGGAGUGUGCAGCACCAAGUGGGUGCAGACACGCCACCUCCUCGUUGCUAUCUACAAGGUAGAUGAUGCCAUGGAAAGCGCACACAUGAAAUCGCACCCAGUGUCUACCCUGAUGGCAAUGACCGGGUUGGUGGAUGGCUUUGAGGAGCCGGACGGCUAUGGAGUCGUAAGCCUUCGAGGAGCAGGAUCAGGAAAAGGCUUCAGCAUUGCCCUCAGCAACAGUUGGGGAUCCCAUGUCGGCAACCUACACGGCGAGAUCAGGAUUUGUAAUUACGCUGGCUCCGGCUCGGACUCGCAAUUGGACCUCGAUAUCUCCAAUGUUGUCCCCAAGACUCCCAUCUGCCCAAGCCCGUCGAAUGUGAAUGAACAGCUACAGGAUAGUGGCGACAAGCUGUCCGGCUGUUGCCUUAAUGUAAAGACCCUGCGCUUAAUUUGA